UCAGCCCGGCCCGCCUGGGCUGCAAUAAAACUAUAAACAUGAAGAAAUUAAAACUUAAAGAACUGGAAAGCUGUCUUCAACAAGUUGAUACUUUUGAAACUCCAAAACUACUCCUUGAACAGUAUCCAACAAGACCUCAUAUCGCAGCAUGUAUGCUUUAUACAAUUCACAAUACUUUUGAUGAUAUUGAAAACAAAACAGUUGCAGAUUUAGGAUGUGGUUGUGGCAUACUCAGCAUUGGAAGUGCAAUAUUAGGAGCUGGAUUGUGUGUGGGAUUUGACAUAGAUGCAGAUGCACUGGAAGUAUUUAAUAGCAAUGUUGAAGACUUUGAGCUCACAAACAUCAACAUGGUUCAGUGUGAUGUGUGUUCUUUAUCUGACAGUAUGUCAAAGACUUUUGACACAGUUAUUAUGAACCCUCCCUUUGGUACCAAGCAUAAUAAAGGAAUGGAUAUGGUAUUUCUGAAAACUGCGUUGCAAAUAGCAGAAACAGCUGUAUAUUCCCUUCACAAGACUUCAACACGGCAGCACAUUCAGAAAAAAGCAGAUGAAUGGGAAGUGAAGAUGGAAGUCAUAGCAGAACUUAAAUAUGACCUACCAGCAUCAUACAAGUUCCAUAAGAGGAAAUCAGUUGACAUUGAAGUGGAUUUCAUUAGAUUUUCUGCCAAGAAACUCCUGAACUGAGUCAUGUCUUUAAAACAUAUUGAAAAUGGAACAAUAAAACCACUUUUUAAAUUUUAG